AAGAACAUGGCGGCGAAAACAAAAUAGCAUGUGCAUUUCUCUAAUUGAUUUAAAGGGCCAUUCAAGUGUAACGUAAAGGUACAACAGGUAAAAUGGCUGAUGUUGUUUUAGCCGAUGUAUCCAUGGAUUUAGACAGUCAGGAGGAAAGAGAAGUACAUGACUGUGAUGUGUGUCACGUGUCAUACACUACAGAUGUGGAACUCCGAGAUCAUCAUUGGUCCUUAAUGCAUCAUAUUAAAAUGGAAAAGCAAAAGAAAGGGAGUGUCCACAACUGCACUUUGUGUUUCAUGACGUGUGCUAACAUAAUAGAGUAUGGUAAACACCUAAAUGAAGAGAAACAUAAAAGAGCCGUCGAGGACUGCAGGAGACAAAGAGAAGAGGAGGACCUCUUGAUGGGGAAAGAUGUCCUCAUGGCUAGAAUCAAAGAAAAAGAGGAGCAGGAAAAAUCCAAGCAAAGAAACCGACAGAAAGGUAAUCAAGCCAAAAAGAAAGGAAGUAACAAUUUAUCUGAUCCAGAAUCCAGUAGAAACAAUGCUGUGGGAAAGCGUCGCAGUGAAAGAACUUCCCAGAGAAAAUGGGGGUCAGGAAGUGGUCACCAGAGGUCUUUCUCCCUGCCCGGUCAAAAUGUCGGCCAGAGACCAAGAAAUCCUCAUUGGGAGCGACAGUCAUAUAAUGAUGAUUUCCAGCUAGAUUCCAUGGCAAACAAUUUCCAAGAUCCCUCAUGGACCCAGUGGAAUGGGAAUUAUGGGAAUAUACAACACGAGCAGUGGAAUAUGAACAUGGGAUUUCAACAGAAUUUUCACGAAAUUCCAAACCAGAACUACCAACAGCGGUGUUAUGAUAAUGGACAAUACAACAUGCAGGGUCAUUUAGAGGACAAUGGUUGGGAAAUAGAUAGAAGAGGGAUGAGAGGAAAUGUGGGUCCAGGCAAUAAAAAGAAUCGGUAUAGUGCUUAUCAUAAUGACCAUAACUUUGAUCCAAACUUUCCGUAUGAAUUAAUGAAUGCUUCAGGAUUUCCUGAGGAAUCUUGGGGAUGGGGAGAGGAUUCUUAUGGAUUUCAAGAUGAGUACUCACUCAGAGAUCGAAGUAGGUGGGAUAGAAGAAACCCUCAAAGAAACAAUCUGAGAAAGGACGGCUUUAGAGACAGAAGUAACAGGAACCAAGAGAGCAAGGCAUCACAUAAUGAAAGAGAACAGAAAAUUACCCAGGAUAAUAAGAAUAAAGAAAAACCCCUCGAAAAAUUGGAGCACAUACAUACAGACACCGCAUUCAGGACCACAGGUGAAGUGUCUCAGUCUAACAACAGAUCAGGAAGUCCCAGUAGUGAAAGGUACCUUGACAGUAUGCGAGAAAAUAGGAAUAGGUCAGACAGCUACGAAAAAGGGACAAAUAAAAGACGGCGAUAUAAUUCCCCUGCCCGCUCUACUGAGAGAAGAAGUAGACAAGACAAGGGUAAGGAACCAAAGAAUACCCACAUCAAAUUUGAAGAUGAUGAGGACAAAUCUUCCCAGCAUGAAGGGGACAGUGUGACUAGUAGUGGGGACAAAGAGGAACUGUCCAGUGGCUCAAGUGGAAAGAAGGGAGAGAAGAAGGAGAAGAAGAAAAGUAUACUGAAGAAAAAGAAGAAAAAUGGGAGUAAGGGAUCUCCCCCUGGGUCUCCAAAGAGAUCAAGCAAGAAAGUUCGGGAGGAAAAGGGGGGAGAAGGAGUAUUAGAAAAGGCAGAAAAAUUGUGUAGAGAACUUCGAGAAAAGAGGGAGAAAGCAAAACUAGAGAGAGAAAAGAAAAUGAAAAUGGAACAGAUGGAAAAAUUGGAAAACAUAAACCAAGAACUAAAGACUUUAUCUGAUAAAAGUAAGGAGUAUGUGAAAGGUCAUAUCCCUACGGAAGAAAUCAGGCAGACAUCAACUGUAGAUUCUAGUGCUAAGGAAAGAACAGAAAAAGAAACCAAAAAUGGAAACAUUUUAAAGUUAGGUCAGUGUAAUAAGGAUAUUGACAAAAUAAGACAGAACAUCGAAAAAAGUGUUCAGAGUAUUAAUGAGACACAGAAACUACUGAAUUCUGCUGGAACAGAGAGUAAGUCAGAAAAGAAUGAAAGAAGUAGUCGAAUAAAUAAAUCCCAACUGGAAUCUGUGCCUUUUCCAGAGGAAUCAGUGGGGCAUUCAAGUAAGAAGGAUAAGUCAGAAAAGAAGGAAACAAGUAGUCGAAUAAAUAAAUCUCAACUGGAAUCCAUUGUUCCGGAAGCAUCAGUGGGGCAUUCGAAUAAGAAGGAAGCAUCUGCAAAACCUGACAGUCAAAAAACAAGUAAGACAUUAGAUAAAACAUCAAGUAGUGGUAAAUCUAAAGAAAAACUGACUACUGACUCUUUAUUAAAAAUGGUGAAUUCACCAAGGUCAAGAAAAGAGAGACAGCAGUUGGCUGGAAUGUUACGAUCUUAUGCUCAGUCACAGAAGAAACUAUCCUUACCUCGAUAUAAUCUUCAGCUCUCUGGCAGUUAUGAUGAUAAUUUUGAUAAUAAAAUUGAAGAACUGAGAUUAGAAGAAUUGUCUCGAGAGGUGCAAAUUCAAAUCGCUCAACUGAUGGAGGCAGAUGUCACACCAGACUUAAAUGAUCUGGAGAUGGCCUUGAUGUCGAGUACAGCAAAGAAAUCUGUAGAAACAUCUGACACUUUGGAGACAGAUACCUCCUCCCGACCCGGGUCAUUCUAUGUCUCCGCAUUAGACCAGUUCCAGGAAUUAGACAGAGCCUUACAGGGUAGCUCAAAAGAAAGGCCAAGAACAAUGUCUACAGACUUGGACAAACUACAGUCAAAAAACAGGAAAGACGUGGACUCAAGUACUGCACAACCACUGAAAAUGAGUGACCUUUCUUCCAGUUCUGCUGUCAUUGUGAAAAGUGAGCCCAUGGAUACAGGACACGAGAAAGCAGCCCAAGGGUCUAUUAGUCCAGACAGUGCAACUAGCCUUGUGACCUCUACCACCAGUCUGGGGGAGACUGGUAAAACACUGCCCACACCUACUGCUGUUCCCUCUCCCAGAAUGCCUCAGUCAGCAGAUCACUUUCCUCAGAGGUCAUCAACACAAAUGGAUGCUUCACUUCCUACAUUGUCAGGUUCAUUGUCAUCAUUGGAGAGUGGUCGAUCUACAGAGAGUAUCUUUGACACAGUGUAUGAUAUUAGCAUUAAGGAAGAAUCACUGAGGAAAGACCUUAAUGAAGUGGAGCAGUUUAUAACAUACUUUAGAAAUGUGAUUGAUGAAGCCACAGUACAGCUCAGCAGAUACAACGAGAAGAAACUCCGGUUACAAAGUGAAGAGGAAAAGCUGCGAGGGAAAAGAUUAAGAAUUCUCCAUGAGGUCAAAAUCCAGCAGCGAUCAGGUCGUUCCACACCUCAGCUCUCAGAAUUGGAAGAUCAGAUCAGAGGCCCAGCACUGGAGGAUAGUGGGAAGGCCAUGACCCCCAGUCAAACCUCUCACAAUCCUGACCCUCAGGUAUCAUCGUACAAUGACCCUCACACAAGUACUUUGUUGAAUGUUUUGAAUCGAAACCAGCGUCUAGAGCCAGAGCGUGAUAGACAGGUUUAUGCUUCAUCGUUUGGCACUUCUAACUCCUCGGUUCUUGCUAACCCUAAUUCCCACGCUUCAGAUUCCAUUUUUUCUCAGUUGAGAAAUUUGUCCUCAAGUCUGCAACAGGAAACUAUUUCCAUGGAGGCUGAGAACAAAUUAGAACACAGUUUAUGUAGAGAUUUGGCUUCUGUUAAAAAGGAGCCUGAAGAAGAUAAUCAGGUCACCUCAACUCAGGGAUCUAUAGGAGGAACUUCAAUAAAAGACAAAUCAUUAAACAUGGAGGGCAGUAGACAGAAAUUAGCAGCUGACAGAAACCAAGAUCAGCCACAAGGAAGUAGAAUAGAAGCCAGUGCUCCUGAUAACAUAGCACAUUCCCUUCCUCCAAAACCUGUAAAGUCGACCAGGAACCCAGUGAACAAAAUAGUGGAAAGUAGUGACCCAAGGAAAAUCUCUGAUGUAACCCAGAGCACAGAACUUAAUGAAGCAGGAUUUAUCACUCUGAAUUCUUUAAUUAAAACUUCCAAUCUGAAAGAGGAAAUAGACUCUGAUGAUGAGCCUUUGGCAAACUUGAUGAGACGUCGGAGACAGGAUUCUCAGCGGUCUGAUGACAGUCAGAGGAAAGGAGAGAGUGAUGAAAAUGAAGCAAAGAAGUUCAACAUGCAGUAUAUGGGAACACUAGGAGUCGACAACAAGGCAUUCCUCACUCAACUGGGAAGAGGUCAAGGUAGCAGCAAAGGUCAAGGUCCCUCCUACAUGGUGCUGGACAAGGACACUGAUGCCUACCAGCAUAUCCAGUCCCUCAUCAAAGGAGGAAGGCCAGAAGACAAGGAAACAGAUGGACCAACCUCUCUUCCUGUGGACAGUCAAAGGCAGAAGGACCACAAAGGAGGGCAGGGUAAAACCAGAAGCCUUAGGAGUGGACAUGUUAGUGAUUCAAAUUAUGAAAGUGUGAACAGUAACUGCUCUCUGGGUGAACAAAUCAGGCAGUAUGCUAACUUGAACAAAAAGGGCACUAACCAAUCAGAGGAAAAUGUGAUAGUGGUGAAUACAGACUCUGACAGUGAACGGAGUGAUAGAACUUUACGGGAAGACCCAGCAUUGCUGAGUGACAGCUGUACUCCUGUCAGGACAGUCAAGUCUGGACUCCAGAACCUCAAUUUGGAUUCCAGUCCAUUAAUGGCCACAAGCCAACAAAUUCGUCAUGGGAGGGAAGAAAAGCAAACAGCACCAGGUACGGAGGAGGCCAGAUGCUUGUCACCUUUUAAGAAAAAGUUGAGAACCAAGAAAGAAAGGGACAGGAUCUCUGUGAGAAAGCAGAAGGAGGGAUACGUCCUCGAUUCCAGCUCAGAUGGAGGAAAUUCACAAGAUGGGGAAAGUGCUCCAAAACUGACCGACAUUAAACAACAACUUGUCUUUAAGUCCCUGAGUAACAUCCCAGCUGCUCUGAGGGCUGAAGGUCUAGACUCAGAGGAGGCAGGGCUUGUGGAGACGGGAUCAGAGGACACAGAACAGAGUGUACAAGUCAAACAGGAAGUGAUACCAGGACGAAGCCUGUUGGAGGAUGUACAGUUAGAGACGGAAUCAGAGGACAACAAACAGCUGGCCGCAGAGGCCAGGGAAAGAUUAUCCUUGGACAAGGAGGUAAUGGAGAAUUUCAGGAAGGCAGUUGAGAACAUGAAGUCUACCUUGGGUCUGUCCACACUGCAGAUCCCAGAGGAUCAUUUACCGUCCCCCCACAGGGACCCAAUCCAAUACAUUGGGCCAAAGGAGGUCAUCUCGGGCGUUGAAGUCCUUGAUGGUUUUCUGUAUGUCUCCUACCAAGGGAAAAUCAUUAAAAGGUUCAACCUGCAGACUGGAGAGUUAGAUUUUGAUUUUAACACAAUGAGUUACAAUGUUAGUUGUAUCCUUGUAUACAAAGAAACAAACAAGCUUUAUGUUGGAGCACAAGAAAUGAUGCUAUUGACAUACUGCUGUAAGACCAAAAAGCCAUUGAAGGUGGAGCCGACUGAAGGCAAACCUCAGUGUUUCCUGGAGAGCUGGGGUCAUCUAUAUAUAGGCACUGACUGCGGGACAGUGGUUGUCAUGUCAUUAAAGAAUGACAAAGUUCUAGACACAUUUCACUGUGCUGAUCGUUCAAUCAGCCGGAUCUGCUCAGCCACUGAGGGUGUUCGUAAAGUAAUACUGGUAGCUUCCUUUGAUGCCAUGAUUUAUGUUUAUGACAGCAGUACAGGCUUACUGAUACGAAUGUUAGAGGGGCACACUAAGACACCGUUCACCCUACAGGUGGAUGGUCAUCUUGUGUACAGUGGAUCAGGGGACAAAACUGUGAUGGAACACAACAUCUUGACGGGGGAGUUACUGUGGACAUUCACAGAGGCUGCUGGGAUAGUGUCUUGUGUUUGUACCCAUGAUGACCAGCUGUUUUGUGCUUCCUAUGACAAACUCAUACGUUGCUAUAGCAAAAAGAGUCGGAAGUUGUUACGCCUUUAUUAUGGAGCUGGGGCAGGGGAAGGGUUAAUUAUCCGAAUGAGAAUAAGUGACGGAAUGUUGAUUACAGGAAACAGACAAGGACUAACAGAAGCUGUACCUAUAACUCAGCAGGACCACAGCUGUCAGUGUUCAGACUGUAGUAAUGUGUUUGCCUUGAGGAGCCAUCUUGUAUACCAUGUGGUCCAUGAUCACAUCUUAAACAAUGUCCGUGCUGGCAAAAAGACCCCUUGUCCUUGGAGGAACUGUAAAGAAAGAUUCCAAUCUACUGCCCCAAAAGAUGUGAUUGAAGAACACGUCAUUGUUCAUGCUUACUCCUAGAAGUGUUCCGAGUGCCAUUUUCUGCUGUGAUAUCAGUUAUUCUAGGAUUAAAAGAAGAAAAUUUUAGCCCAUUUUGGUGACAACACAUAUACAUGUCUGUCCAUGGACACCUAUGAUAUUUAUCUUUUUUAGGUUUAUUUUUAUGUGUAUUUACAUGUAAGUACAUGUCUGGAUUUUGCAUUUUCUGGUAUGAGAAGCAACUCAAGCACAAAACACUAUUUCUGUAAUUAUUGAUUAAAAUAAGUUUUAGCACUGUUCUGUUUAUCAGGAGUGUAUGAUAUACAUUGUGAUAGGCAUUUACUACGGUAUCUUAUAUGAUAUUUUUAUAUCAUCAUUCUUGGAAGCAAUCCUAAAAUAAAAAAAAAACUUCAA